CAAUAAACAAGAAGGAAAGACUAACAGGUGACACAUGAGCCCGGGUGGCCGGAGUCACAGCUUCACGUCUCACCGCUGCAGUGCUCCAUCAUCGUCCACCAGACCCGCGCCAUCCAACCACCACCGCCAUCCAACCACCACCGCCAUGAGUCUGUACAACAACCGCUACGGCACCACCAGGGGCUUCAGCAGCCGCUCCCAUGGCUCUCUGUCUGGAAGACCCUCCGUGUUCCGGGCCAGCACAGGCUACCAACCGGGGCUUCAAAGAGCCAGCAGCGGCCUUAACAUUUCUCGAAUGACCCCGGGGUCCGGCACCUUCCUGCUGUCCUCUCUGCCCAACCUGGAGGUGGACCCCAAACUGCACCAGAUGAGGAACGAGGAGAAGGAGCAGAUCAAAGGGCUCAACAAUCAGUUUGUCAACUUCAUAGACAAGGUACGGGAGCUGGAGAGGCAGAACAAGAUCCUGAAGACCCAACUGAAGCUGCUGAAGGAGAAGGACAGCUACAAGUCCAACAUCGACCAGAUCACAUCGGGGUCCGGCAACCACCUGAAGCAGCAGAUAGACGCGCUGCUGCAUGAGAAGGACAAGCUGCAGGCCGAGCUGCAGAACAUGCAGGCCGUGGUGGAGGAGCUGAAAAGCCGAUAUGAGGAUGAAAUUAACAGAAGGAACCACCUAGAAAAUGAUUUUGUAUUAACAAAGAAGGAUCUCGAUGACACUUACCUGCACAAGGUGGACAACGAGUCCAAGCUGGACAGUCUGACCGAUGAAAUCGAGUAUCUAAAGAAGGUCUAUAAGGAGGAGUUAAACGAGCUCCAGUCCCAGGUGCACAAUGACAAGGUGACCGUGGAGCUGGACAAUAACCGAGACCUGGAAAUGAAGCACAUCAUGGAUGAGGUCCGUGCCCAAUACCAGACCAUGGCAGAGAAGAGCCGCCAAGAGGCCGAGCACUGGUACAAGAGCAAGAUUGAGGACAUGAUGAAUCAGUCUAAACGCACCAAUGACGAGCUGAAGGCAUUGAAGAAUGAACUAUCUGAUAUACAUCGCAUGAUGCAACGCGUCAACGGGGACAACGAGGCCCUGAAGAAUCAGCGUGCAAAUCUCGAGCACUCCAUCUCCCUGGGCGAGGACCACGGCGAGCAGGCCAUCCAGAACGCCAAGUCCCAUGCUCAGGACCUGGAAGAGGCUCUGAGAAAGGCGAAGCAGGACAUGGCCCGCAAGGCGCGAGAGUACCAGGACCUGAUGAACACCAAGCUGGCCCUGGACAUCGAAAUCGCCACCUACCGCAAAUUGCUGGAGGGCGAGGAGACCAGACUGAACAACCACCCUUCAAGUACCCAAAAUACCCAAAAUACCCAAAAUACCCAAAAUAGCACUAUAGACAAGUUGGCCAAUCUCCUGAACUUUGACAUGAAAUCCUCUCCUCCGCCCCGCAAACCAUCGACCAACCCAAAGAAAAUCGUUCUCGUUAAGACCAUCGAGACCACCGAUGGCAAGAAAUUGUCCGAAGCCAGUCACUAUUCGCAGGAGUGAACCAGACCGGAGCUGCCUUGUCUGCUGAUUGUAAAGGGGGGGGGGGGGGAAAAUGUUGAUUCUGCUCUGACGACUA